GCGAACGUAAAAACCGAAAGCCAACUUUAAGCCUUCCGAACGCAGAUCAUACGCCGCGCGUACACGUCCUCAGAGUUCGUUCCAUCCCAGAGAAGGUUCCGAAAUAUCGGCCAUCAUCACGUUGAACGAGGAUCGCCGUCCGAAAGCCUUGGACACGUUAGUAGACAACCUAAGGCCACUGGUAAACGAAAUGCAUAUACAUCAUCCUGGUUCGCCCAAUUCGUCCCAGUCGGAGGACGACGCAGCCACAAAAAUCCAGGCCGGAUUUCGCGGCUAUCGGGUGCGAAAGCAGAUGCGUCAAAGUAAAACUGGUGGAGCCGGUGGAUCUGCACCGAAUUCUGGCUCAGGCCAGCAGCGUUCACCAAAGGUCGGUAAAAAGUUGGCCUCUAGCCUGGAGGACAAUUCGGCUGCGAAAAUACAAGCCGGAGUGCGUGGAUUCCUGGUGCGUAAGCGUCAAAAAGUAGCCACCGAGGCAGCGACUAAGAUUCAGGCUAGCUUUCGGGGUUUCAAAACCCGAAAGGAUCUGAAGACGACCAAAAAGGACAAGUAAGCUGCCGUCUAAAAUUCCAUAUCAUCAUGCCACUGAAUCAGCCAGUGAUUGUCGAGAGAAGAGUAGAGACCUACUUUUAUUGUAGCUAGUGGAGCGUGUGAAAACAUUGUAUAAAACUUAGACAAUAACUCCAUCGGAGAGUGGUAGGAGUGGUUUAGCCACAGUGAUUAUGAAGCAAGACCUAAAAAGCACAGCAUCAAACGCCCUGCAUGACUCCGCAUUCUUGCGACGCUGGAAGCGGUUAUGGAUGGUUUUCUCGAUUGAAAACAGUAAACCAACGCAGACGAACGCGAUCGGAGUCUGUGUGUGGUGAAAGCGAAACGAUUCUUUACAGCGCACUAUAGGGGAGAGGACGUUCCAAAAUUCGGAUUUAUGUACCACUACCGAUUGCUCGUUGAGCAGCAGGGGAAGAAAAACAAGUGCCUCCAAUGUUUAUAGGUUUCUUUAUUUAGUGUAUCUUCUGUAUGCUUCCGUUCAUAUCUGCGUAGAAAUUCCGAUCCGCGCACUGAAGUUGGAAACUGCGUCUAUUCAGGGCUUAAUGCUUCUUGAAAAUAAAAAAAAUCACAAACGUAAACGGUUUAUCUGUUUAUUUAAAAGAAGAAAAAGCGAAAUGAUUCACGGUAGUUAUUUACAAUAAGCCGGUAUCUUCUAAAAGUUGCAUGUACGUCGAAUAUCCCGCAGGAUCAAACCAAAACAAAGUGCAAAAAAAAUAAAAAUAAAAGCACACAACUUUCGCAUAGGAUUUUAAUUGAGCAGGCGUGGCAUGCUUUGAUACUACAAAGGCAUAAAUAAUUGCCAUAAAAAUCUGUAACAAUGUUAUAAAAGCAUUUGAGAGUUAAAUUUAAAAUAACAAACUUUUUUAGUUCUGUGAAAAUUGAUUUGACACUUUAAUGUACGCAUCAUCAACCGUCUGUAUGAUUCAGCGCAUAGGAAAAACAAUGGCAAUAAAAAAGUGAAACAAUCAGCAUGAAAACUUCAAUGUUAUAGGUAUCGUCUGCUUUAUAACGUACGCAUGAGUUCUAGGUCUGAUGCAGGUUGAGAUGGAAGUGCAACUCUUGCUUUCGUCGUCAGAGGCGGUUUCUGAGAAACCUAUAAACUUGGAAUAACGGAACACGUUUUUGUACUAACUACCUACCAUGCCUGUGUAUAUUUAACAUGUAAAUUAAAUUAAUGAUUUUAGUAGCCUUUUGCUAUACAACAAGGAAGCAAUGUAAUAAAGAAAAGGAUAAAACGUAUUUUUACAAGUAUUUACCUUAAAUAAG